GGUCGGGGCGGUACCGGGCCGUGAUCUUCGCGGCCAUGUUCGUCGGGUACACGCUGUACUACUUCAACCGCAAAACCUUCUCGUUCGUCAUGCCCGCCGUCAUGGCCGAGGUGCCGCUGGGGAAGGACGAGCUGGGUCUCAUCACCAGCAGCCAGUCCGCAGCGUACGCCAUCAGCAAGUUUGUCAGCGGUGUCCUCUCCGACCAAAUGAGCGCCCGCUGGCUCUUCUCGUCCGGCCUCCUGAUGGUGGGCUUGGUCAACGUGGUCUUCUCCUGGAGCUCCACCGUCACGGCCUUUGCUGGGCUCUGGUUCCUCAAUGGCUUGGCCCAGGGACUGGGCUGGCCGCCCUGCGGGAAGAUACUGAGAAAAUGGUUUGAGCCUUCCCAGUUUGGGACUUGGUGGGCAAUCCUGUCUACAAGCAUGAACUUGGCUGGAGGCUUAGGCCCCAUUGUCGCUGCUCUCAUGUCUCUGAACUACGAUUGGCGCAUGACUUUGUCCUUCUCUGGCUUCAUCUGCGUGGUUGUCUCUUUUGUUUGCCUUGUCCUGAUUAAAAACGAGCCGUCGGAUGUUGGGCUACCCAACAUUGAACAAGGAGCCAAGAAAGGGAAGAAAGGUUCCUCCAGCGAAAAUAGCACUUUGACAGAGCUGCUGCUCUCGCCGUACCUCUGGGUGCUCUCAACAGGCUACCUGGUCGUUUUUGGAGUCAAAACAUGCUGUACCGACUGGGGACAGCUCUUCCUGAUCCAGGAGAGGGGACAAUCCAUGCUUGUGGGUAGUUCCUACAUGAGUGCCUUGGAGAUUGGGGGUCUGGUAGGAAGCAUUGCUGCUGGAUACCUUUCUGACAGAGCGGUAGCAAGAGUGGGUCUGUCAAGCUACGGGAAUCCUCGGCAUGCGCUGCUGCUUUCCAUGAUGGCCGGGAUGUGUGUGUCCAUGUUUCUCUUCCGCGUCACAGUCACAGGCGAUUCUCCCAAGGAAAAUCACUUCUGGACUGUAGCCUUGCAACCUCUAGCUGAUCUUACAGGCCUAAAAGAACAUGAGCUGUGGAUCCUGACUCUGGGAGCUGUGUUUGGGUUCUCCUCGUAUGGGCCGAUCGCCCUGUUUGGGGUUAUAGCCAAUGAAAGUGCCCCUGCCAACCUGUGCGGCACCUCCCACGCCAUAGUGGCCCUCAUGGCCAACGUUGGGGGGUUUCUGGCCGGACUACCUUUCAGUACCAUUGCCAAGCACUACAGCUGGGCCACAGCCUUCUGGGUAGCCGAAAUCACCUGUACCGGUAGCACGGUGGCUUUCUUCUUACUGCGGAACAUCCGCACCAAGAUGGGCCGGAUUCCCAGGAAGGCUGACUGAGGAUGAGCUGCUUGGUGAAAAGGAUGCUCCCACGCCGACAUGAAUGAUGCUCGUUUUUUGUUUAACUGGCCUAGGAGUGAGUUUACCUAUUGCUGCAACCUAGAUAAAAAUGUCUCAAUUUCUCGUCCACUGUCACGUGCCUGGAGGGCACAAGGUUCCCGCUUCCGAUCACUUUUUCCCUCGAGAUGUGAUAAUUCAGCUAGUUUACAUUUGCA